AUGAGGGCUGAAUUACAAGAAGUUUUUCAAGAAUAUGAGUUGAGAAAUAUCUGGAACUCUAAAGCUGAAAUUCUUUCUGAUAAUAAUUUUAAUAUUUCUGAUAAUAAAACUAUUGUUAAUGAUAUUAAAGAUAAUAAUAUUGAAGAAUUGCAACUAUUGAUUAAUGAAUUACUGAUUACAGAUCCUUUAAAUAUUGAAGAAUAUAUUAAUAUUAAUGAUGAAAUUCUUGCUGAAGAAAAAAUCUCAUUAGAAGAAAUUGUUAAUUUAGUUAAAGGCAAAAGUGCAAUAGAAGAUGAGAUGGAAGAAGAACAUGAAAUUAUAGUUACAUCUGAUAUAUUAAAUAGUAUUAAAAAAUUAAUCAAAUAUGUUCAGUAA